CUCUGUCUGUAAUUCCUUUCUCUCUCUAAAAACCCUCUGAUUCCCUCUCGUCUCUCUCUCUCAACAAAAUCAUCCAGCGGCCGUCAGCUGACCCAAUUUUUUAUGUCGGUCGCCGUCCUGCAACCUCUAUCUUUUUUUUUAUGGUUAUUCGCCAUCCAAUCUUUGUCCAAGUGUGUCUUGAUCGUGUUGAGGCCGUAACCGAUUUAAUUUUUAUUUUUUUGUCCGUGUGUCUGUGCUUAUUCUAUCGUGUAAACGGCCUGUUCGUGUUGGAUACUGGUACCACAACGGUACGUGAGGGUUUCGUUGUGUCCGUGCUUCGUAGCCUCAACCUUACUCCGUAUUUUCUCUAGCUAGCGGAAUCCUCCAAUGUCUACUGUCCCUACCGACGUGAUCACCGAUGUACUUCGUCGGCUUCCCGUGAAGACACUUGUACGCUUCAAAUGUGUGUCGAAGCCAUGGGGUUCCCUCAUAGAUGACUCUGAUUUUGCCAAACUCCAUCUCCAUCUCUCCUUCAAAACCAACAGCAAUGUCAGGCUUGUUCUUGACAGUCGAGCAGCAAAUGAUGAUAAGGCCUAUUCAGUAGACUUUGAUUCGCUGGGCAAUUUGGAGCAACUCCCUCGCCCCUUUGCAACUAAAUUAUCCGGAUAUUGUUCCAGAAUAUUUGGUUCUUGCAAUGGUUUACUUGCUGUAUACCAUUAUGAAGCAGGCAUUGCUUUGUGGAAUCCAUCAACCAGAACAUGCCAUUAUCUACCACCAUUAAUAUGUGGAGAUGUGAUCAAGGGUGACUAUCACAUUCUUGGAUUUGGGUAUGAUGUCAUCGGCAAUGACUACAAGGUGGUCAAAAUGAUGGUAAAAUCUGGGACAGUUAUGGUCUAUAGCCUGAAAGCUAAUUCUUGGAGGAGGAUUAAGGAUUGCCCUUAUGUCAUUCCUUAUAGUCUCAAACAGGAUGGUGCCUAUGCUAAUGGUUCCCUGCAUUGGGUAGGCGAUACGAAAGACAAAUAUUUUGGGGGUAGAUUGAUCUUUGGUCUUGAUCUUGGGGUUGAGGAGUAUCAUGAUGUGCCUGAAUGUGAAAUUAAUUUCAGAAAUUUUGGUUAUAAGAAUGUGGGAGUGUUGGGAGAAUGCUUGUGUGUUUUCCGGGAGUAUACGAAUUGUUAUGACGAGGAUCAUAUCAUUUUAUGGGUGAUGAAGGAAUAUGGAGUUAAGGAGUCAUGGACUGAACUAGUUUAUCUAUCACGAGAAGAAUGGCUGACGAAUAUAUUUUAUACCAGAGCUAUAGCAUAUUCUAGCAAUGGUGAUAAAAUAUUGCUAGAUGAUGGUGGACAAAAGCAGCCUGCUUGGUUCCAUCUGGAGAAGCAAACAGGGGAGAUUCUCCGUAUUCCAGGUUGCAACAAGGGUCACCAUGGUCCUGUCCAAUGUGUACGUUUCUCAGGGGAAUCCUAUGUUUCAGGAUCUGAAGUGGUACCGUUAGAAUAUGGCAGACAGGUCCAGUGACUCAUGAAGAGAAUGAUCAUGAUUGAGGUUGCUCGUAAGAUAAAGAUUGGCCUUCUUAUUGGCAGGUAAGGGAAAACUGGAGAGAGGGAUACGGCAACAGAUGCAUGAAAGGGUACUAAAGUGGUCAAGGGCAUUCAACAACUGCUUGUUUCAGUUUGCUAGCCAGGUUGGAUUGUGGGUCCGAGUCUUUUGUUCUCGUCUUUUCUGUGGAAAUAAAAUGAACUUCCCUUGCAAAUUUCCUUGUAUGUCUUUCUUUCCAGUUCAAUUUUUUAUCUUUAAAAAUUCGUGAAGCUUUGGUUUCCUUUAAGGUAGUAGAUGCUGUUCAAACUCUCUAGAACAGUUUUCCCUUAUUGAUUCGGGAUUUGAAGGCAGUAUACACUAAAUAGAAAUUAGUUCUCGGAUUAAGUUUGGGGAUUUAGUGUCCGACUUGUUAAAACUGGGGGAGAUAUGACCUCAAAAAGAAUGAGAGCAUAUCAUUUAUAGUUAUUAUAUUAUAAUUAAUUAAU